UGCUAACGGAGCACAGGCUGUGUGAAAUUGACCUAUUUGAAUAGGCUUAGCUGAGUUUAUCAUCCAGCUAUAUCCAGCCACUAACGCAGAUGUUUUGGUGGAACAGCUUUCUCCUUAGACAUGGGCAGCACAAUGUUUCAGCUGAGGUCGUUUGUUCAUCAGCGGCUGUACGCAGCAGGAGAGGAGAUCCUCGGAGAGGUGGAGAAAACCAUAACCUUAGCCCUGUACGAGGCUGAAGUUAGUCGAUCUAAAGAGGAGGUGGAAAGUCUGCGACACCAGCUGGGCCUGCUGCGAAAGAAACAAGCAGAGGAGCCUUCACUGACCAGCAGCACUGUGGACUGUGAAGACAAAUAUGAUACCCCACUCCCACAGCAAAACCCAGAACCCUCAGAACCCUCAGCCCCAGACGACUGUAACUUCAGUCUGUGCCCUGAGGCCCCGGGACCAUCUCAAGCCAGCGCAGACCUGAAUAAUGGUAACUGGAACUACAGCUUGGAUGAGAUGGACUUUAAGAUGUCUGUGGUAAAAGAAGAGCAGGAGGAAUGUGGAUAUGACAGUCAAAUGCAGGAGUUUGUUUUUCCCUCUUCUAAAAUUGUAAAAUGCGAGAAAGAUCAGCCAGAGAACCAAGUUUCCUUUAAAUUGCACCCAGUUUAUUUGGACUCCUCUGAAGCUCAGAUAGAGAACAACCACAGUGAUGAAGAGUUUGUAAACAGCAAAGGAGAACAGACUGAUUCAAUAAAGGGGAAAGUGGAAGCACAGAGUGGCAGCAUUGAAAAGAGUUUACCUUAUAGGUUGCCUUAUGACAGUCAGUCUGGUAAAAAUGAAAAGGGUCGCAGUUUUUGCCAUUUGUGUGGCAAAGGUUUUCAGUACAUCGGCUCUUUAAUGAAGCACAUAAAGGCACAUGAGAACAAAAAUGACUGCACCAUCUGUGGGGUGACAUGUCAGUCUACAGAAGAGCUGAUAAGUCACUUGAAAAAUCGACAUAACAAAACAUAUUUUUGUGACAUUUGUGGCCAGACUUUUGCAAAUGAACAUUGUGUCCGGCUGCAUGAAAGAAUACACGCAGGCAUCAGAGACUUUGUGUGCCAAGAAUGUGGAAAAACAUUUCAUAGGAGAGAGCAUCUGAUUGUGCACGUGAGGACCCACUCUGGAGAGAAACCAUAUCACUGUGAUAUAUGUGGAAAAGCCUUCAGUCAGAGCCAGAACCUCACAAUUCAUAAAAGAAGUCAUUCAGGGGAGAGACCAUAUCAUUGUGACCUGUGCGGCAAACUUUUUAACACAAGCAGUCAUCUCAAAACGCACAUGAGAUACCACUCAGGAGAAAAACCCUACCCCUGUGAUAUUUGUGGUAAACGUUUCCGCCAAAGUGGACAGAUGACCAGACACAGGACCACGCAUACAGGAGAGAGGCCAUAUGCCUGUCAUGUUUGUGGUAUGAGAUACAGGUUUGCACCUAACCUAAAGGUGCACCUGCAAACUCAUGAGCAGGAAGCUGCUGAAUAAAAACCAGUUGGACCAUCUUGGCGUGUGCACAAGUUAGACAAUAAAAGACUACUGUAAUUUGCUUGAACUACUGCCAACCAUGUCUUUAAGCAUAACAAUAACUUAUUCGAAUCACAAGGACAUUUCAUGUAGCUGAUGGCAUUAGAACAUUAUGAGGUGCUAGACAUAAGUUAUUCCACUGUGAAGCUGAACACUUUGUAUUUACAAAUCAAAGUUUGGCAAAGCUGCCAUGACAUUUGCAAACCCAUUAGGAUCCCAAAGUUCGUUUUCAUUUUCAUUCAGGUGUUUUUAGUCACCAUGACUGACUAGACCUGUAAUUUGGAGGUUUCACUUGAAUUUAAAUGCACAUGUGGUCACCAAUCAGUACAAACAAAAUGAUCAACUUGCUGUUCUUAUUUAAUGUGUGUAUUGUAAACACUCCUCCAAACAAAGCUGAUGGUGCCGAAUUAUAUCUGUUACACAUUGUGCCUGCCAAGGAGGUAUUUGUCCCUCCCCAUUAAAUUACAGACACAUUUUUGACAUUGUGAAUAUCCUGUUAUGUUAUAUUAAUACAAAUUUUCAUUUUGGAAAAAAAGUCUAAAGAUUGUGUUUGCCUGAUAUAAAGAAACCCUCACAAUCUAAAUAUUUAAAUGAGCUCUUUGCUUAAACUGACUUAUAUAUCUGAAAAAUGUUGUUACUUAUACAGAUCACUGGAGGUAAAACAGAAUUCACUUAAUUCAUGUGCAGUACUUUGUCAAAUAUUGUGUUUGCAAUUUUUUUCUGGGUAAUGUCUUCCUGGUGUUGAAGUUGAAACUGGGGACAAUAAAGUUUAAAUUAUAACAACUUA